CUUCUGUGGGACAGCCUCGCUUAGUCCCGUUGGACACGCCCCUUGUAUAAUAAGACUUGUCUUCAAACUUGCUCAGAUAAACGAGAGGGAUUUUAUCUUAGAUGCCUACAAGAAUCACACUGGGGGGAUUAUGACAGAAGAAACAGACAAAAGGGGCUCUGCAGAAGAGCACGGGCAGGACAAGCAGGAUCCUGAGGAGGGGGUUCAGCCCAGGGGAAAAUGGGCCAACAAUAUGGAGUUUAUUCUCUCCAUGGCUGGGGAAAUAAUUGGCCUUGGAAACGUUUGGCGCUUUCCCUAUCUGUGCUAUAAAAACGGAGGAGGGGUCUUUCUCAUCCCCUACUGUGUGUUCCUUUUCUGCUGUGGCAUCCCUGUGUUUUUCCUGGAGACUGCGUUGGGCCAGUACACCAGUGAGGGCGGGGUGACCGCCUGGAGGAAAAUAUGUCCCAUGUUCGAGGGGGUGGGGAUUGCGUCCCAGGUGAUUGUGAUCUAUUUGAACAUCUAUUACAUUGUGGUUUUGGCUUGGGCUAUCUUCUACCUAAUAAACUCUUUCAAGAGCCCCCUGCCUUGGUCUUCAUGUGCAAACCCGUGGAACACUGAUGUUUGCUUUAGUCGACCUGGCUUGUUUGCCAACCCGGAGCUUUUUAAUAAAGAUUCCAACUGGUCGUUUCUGCACAACAUCUCCGCAAGUGGCUACGAAGACUACUACAGUAACUUCAAUGAAACUUUUCUUCUGAAAGUCAGCUCCCCAGAGGAGGAGUUCUGGGAAAACCGUGUGUUGAGAAUGUCACAUGGCAGCGGUUUGGGUGAUGUCCACUGGGACUUGGCUCUGUGUCUCCUGUUUGCCUGGGUGAUUUGUUACUUCUGCAUCUGGAAGGGAAUCAAAACCACCGGAAAGGUUGUGUACUUCACUGCUACGUUCCCGUACCUGAUGCUGUUCAUCCUGUUUAUCCGUGGGGUGACGCUCCCAGGAGCAGCAGACGGCCUCAAGUAUUACCUCAAACCUAACUUCAGCAAGCUCGCUGAACCCAAUGUGUGGUGUGACGCGGGGACGCAGGUCUUCUUUUCCUAUGCCGUGUGUCAAGGAGUCCUGACGGCUCUGGGAAGCUACAACAAGUACAACAACAACUGCUACAAGGAUUGCUUGGUGCUGUGUUGUCUGAAUAGCGCGACUAGUAUCUUCGCCGGCUUCGCCGUCUUUUCCAUAAUUGGAUUCAUGGCUCACGACCUCAAUAUUCCCAUAAGCGACGUUACCGCCAGCGGUCCUGGUUUGGCCUUCAUCGCCUAUCCCAGGGCUCUGUCGCUGCUUCCCGGUUCAUCCUUCUGGGCCGUGCUCUUCUUCCUGAUGAUUCUCUUCCUGGGUCUCGACAGUCAGUUUGUGUGUGUGGAGAGCCUGGCCACAGCCAUCACUGACCUGUUCCCAAGUCGUCUGAGGAGACCGGGCGCCAGGGAGAUCCUGGUCCUGGUCAUUGCAGUUACUUGCUUCCUGUUGGGGCUGCCGUUUGUCACAGAGGUGAGCUGGAUGCUAAAUAUCAGCACUGUUUGUCCAGUACGUUUUCUUUUCCCCCUAAUUGAGAGGAACGGAGGUGACGUAGGAAUGAAUGCUAAUGGAGGACUAUUGAGGUGUUCAUUUGUAACAUCUCCCCUGUUCUUAAUGACUGGACUUCAUUUUCAGGGAGGGAUAGGUCUGUUCCGUAUUGUCGACACCUUUGGUCCAAGCGGAACCAGCCUCCUCCUCAUUGCUUGUGCAGAGACCCUUGUUGUUUCCUGGGUUUAUGGUGCGGAUCGUUUCUAUGACAACAUUGAGGAUAUGAUUGGGUACAGACCAUCCCCGGUUCUAAAGUACUGCUGGAUGUUUGUGACCCCACUCAUAUGUGUGGCUACAUUGCUGUACAACUUGGCGACCGACAGCCCACAGAGUGUGUACAGUGAACUGUUUGGAUCGUCGGCCUCUACAAUAGCUGCUCUACUAAUUGCAACUCCACUGAUAUGCAUUCCGGUGUAUAUUUUCAUCGCUCUGCGCAGGGACCCGAACAACAUGACCACGCCGUCUAAAGACCUGCGACAGGUUUCCCCCGAUAAGCCGGUUCUGACCUUGUGCAACCUGGUCAUCUUUCAAGCACAACGGCGGCCAAACAGAAAUCCGGAGGAAAGAAACACGAAGACGGCAGAGGAAUUGACAUCGUUUGGCAUUGAUUGAUGAUAACAAGUCUGUAUUUCAUAAUAAAAUAUUGCCAAUAUUUUAUUAAUGUGCAAACAUUUGAGGGAGACUUGUCUGUUAUCCAAAUGAAAUACUCACCAUAUGUUUAUAUCCGGUUGGCUUUACUCCUACAAGCCUGCAUAAAUGAACUAAAAAGUGUUUAAUGACAUUUAUUAUAUAUAAUUAAAGGCCAUAUAUAAUAAUUCUCACAUUGUUUCCUAGUCAAGUGUAUUCAAACUGACCAGUUAUAUUAAUCUGCAAUGGUCUGGUGACCUGUCCAGCAUGUAUCCCGACCCUCACCCAAAUUAAAAUUUAUGAAACUUUUGAUUUUUUUUUCUUUUCUUUUUUUUGUAAAAACCCAAAAAGGUUUUCGGAUUAUUUUUUUCAUCAUCUCAACAUUCAAUUGAGACACUGGUGUGAAGACCACAAUAUGUGGAUUAGACUUGGACUGAGAUGUUCUACUUUGAUUAGAGAGCACAGUGCCAAAUUUACCAUUUGGAUCCUUUACCCCCCAAAGUUUAGGUAGAACUUCAGAGCAGAACACAUUCCAUCACAAGACGUAUAGCAUCAUGUGGAGCAGAGUAGUAAAGUGCAAACAGACAGACAGGAGGUACAACGGCCAGAGUGUUAAGUUCCCACUUCGUCCAAAAUGAAUCACUGGACAACAAACCGAACCAGCAAAGAGUAUUGGAACCAGAAGGGGGAAAUAUACUGUGGAGAUGGGAUUUGUAAAACAGA